AUGGAGUGUGAAGGAGAAGCUGGUGAUCAAGAGUAUCAGAGGUGUCUGACUCACCUUACUCUGCUGCUGUUACUUCUGGGAGUCACCGCACUGACUUCUGCCCAUAGUCUGGCCCUGCAUCAUCCGAAAAAAGAAGGAUGUCCACUGAGCAAAGACACAUCCUUUCCGUCCACCAUAAGAGUCAGUCUGAACAUGAGUGGACAAGCCCACCCACCCCAGGGUGAUGUGAGGAAACGCUCCGUCUCUCCAUGGGACUACAGCCAUGACGCCAAUAUCAACAGGAUCCCCCAUGUCAUUGCCGAAGCCAAAUGCCGCCAUCAGGGAUGCCUGGAUGCCUACGGUAAUGUGGACCUCAGCUUGAAUUCUGCCCCCAUCAGACAGGAGAUCCUGGUUCUACACCGAGAGGUGAAAGGAUGUGCCCAGACCUUCAAGCUGGAGAAGAAGAUAGUCACUGUAGGCUGCACCUGCGUCCGGCCCAUUGUCCAUGAGCAACAAUAGAGGCCGGAGGUUUGUUGUGACCAUAGAGCCUUGUGUGGACACUGUCGUUAUAA